GGUCCUGAAGGCGUGUUUCUCUGCAGCUCCCUGGGGGGAGGGUAACAGUCCCUACCCUUCCACGUCUGCAGCGGGAAAAUAAAACCUCAAGACAGGAAGAGGAGUUGGGGUUGCACAGUCGGAGAGGAUUUAGUUCCCCGAAGUGUGGCGCGCUUGGGGCUUUAUAUCCGGGACAAGCGAGUGUCACCACACUGUUCCGCACGAGGCCUGGAGGGGCCACGCCGCCUAUCACCGCCUCCUGACUGUGCUAGGUCUUCAAUGCCCUGAAGGUUUGGGGCUGCAGAGGACCGCGGGCACCGAGUGUCUCGCUAACUGGGCCAGGCAGUGACGCGGGACGGUGGCCCUCCCACCCCAAGGGCACUGACACCGGGGCAUCCACACGGGUCCCUGCACCCGACAGCUCCGGAGCUGUAGACUCCACACGCUCCACGCUCCACGAUGACUCCCUGCCGGGCAGUGGCCGGGCUGCUGCUGCUGGCGGCCACCGGCCUGGGACACCAGGAGGAGGGACCGGAGCUCGACUUCAGUGAGGACGUGUUGAGCGUGUUCGGCGCCAACCGGAGCCUGUCUGCCAAGCAUUUGGGGCUCCUACUGGAGCGUCUGGGGGCUGCACCCCACCAGGGAGCUCUGGAUCUAGGACAGCUGCACUUCAACCAGUGUUUGUCCGCAGAAGACAUCUUUUCUCUCCACGGCUUCUCAAACGCUACGCAGAUAACCAGCUCGAACUUCUCUGCCAUCUGCCCUGCCAUCUUACAGCAGCUGAGCUUUCAUCCCUGCGAGGAUCAGGAGAAGCACAAUGCGAAGCCGAGUCUUUCCGAAGUCUGGAUCUACGGAAUCCUGUCGGUGACAAUUAUUAAUUUGGCAUCUCUCCUGGGAUUGAUUUUGACCCCGUUGAUAAAGAAGUCGUACUUCCCCAAGAUUCUAACUUAUUUCGUGGGGUUGGCGAUUGGGACCCUUUUCUCAAAUGCUAUUUUCCAGCUUAUUCCAGAGGCAUUUGGAUUUAAUCCCAAAGUUGACAAUUAUGUGGAGAAGGCGGUUGCUGUGUUUGGUGGAUUUUAUAUGCUUUUCUUUGUUGAGAGAACACUUAAGAUGCUACUGAAAACAUACGGACAGAACGAUCACACCCACUUCGGGAAUGAUGACUUCAGUUCUAAAGAAAAAGCCCAUCAGCCCAAAACGUUACCGUUACCUGCAAUCAACGGUGUGACAUGCUAUGCCAACCCUGCUGUCACAGAGCCCAAUGGACACAUCCACUUUGACACCGUCAGUGUGGUGUCCCUCCAGGAUGGAAAAACAGAGUCAAGUUCAUGCACCUGUUUGAAGGGGCCUAAACUGUCAGAGAUAGGAACAAUUGCCUGGAUGAUCACGCUCUGUGAUGCCCUCCACAAUUUCAUCGACGGCUUGGCGAUCGGGGCAUCCUGUACUUUGUCUCUUCUUCAGGGACUCAGUACUUCCAUAGCGAUCCUGUGUGAGGAAUUUCCUCAUGAGUUAGGGGACUUUGUGAUCUUGCUCAACGCUGGGAUGAGCACUCGGCAAGCCUUGCUAUUCAACUUCCUUUCGGCAUGCUCCUGCUAUGUUGGGCUAGCUUUUGGCAUUUUGGUGGGCAACAAUUUUGCUCCAAAUAUUAUAUUUGCACUCGCCGGAGGCAUGUUCCUCUACAUUUCUCUGGCAGAUAUGUUUCCAGAGAUGAACGACAUGCUGAGAGAAAAAGUAACUGGAAGGAAAACGGAUUUCACCUUCUUCAUGAUCCAGAACGCCGGGAUGUUAACCGGAUUCACGGCCAUCCUGCUCAUCACCUUGUAUGCAGGGGAAAUCGAGUUGCAGUAGCCGGAAGUGGAGCACAGUACUAAGGACGGAAGGCAUUUAACAAGCAGUAACACAAAACAUCUCCAAAGGGAUUUUUUUUUUUUUUAAAGCAUAUCCUAUUUAGUUAAAAGAGGAUUUUAUUCUCAACUAGAGUCUAAGGAAUCUAGUGACUGGUUCAGACAUGUAAAAGAGCUGAAAUUUGUUGUUAAAACCAUUCCUUAAAAAGUUCUUGGUUUCAGGCUGAAAUGGCUGGCGGGUGGGGGCCUUUGGUAAAUACCCGGUUUUCAAUGUUUUAUGCAUAUUAGGAAAUUAUCAUGAGGCAAAACACAUGCAUCUACAAGCAGACACACAGACCCAGAGAAUAACACCAUCUAGGUCACUUAAGGUUUUAAAACUUGAUUGGAUAAGUUUCUUUUUUCAGAGUAGUUGAUUUCAAUUAAUGUGUUUGGAUGCUUUCAAGGGCAGGUGCAUCGGAUGUGGGAGAAGAUCAAAACAGCUUUAGUCCACCCAUGGAUGAUUCCAGAGCUCUAAUGAUCCCCGGAAAGAAAGAUUGCUCACAGUGUUUGUUCACUUUUAUGUCUCAAUCAGUGACUUGUACGAUUGUUUUGAAAGCUAUUCCAAAGUAACAUGAAUUAGGAAAUAUGAAAGGCCUUGGGUUUAGGGGUUUGUCUUUGAGCGUAAGCUCGAUCAGACUCUGCACAAAGAUCAGAAUGGCUUCGCAAUGACUUCCAUUGCGGUUCCAACCCUCAGAAAUGGCAGAGGACUAUGCGGGACUGGUCAGAACUCAGUCUCAUCAUGUUCCGGGAUUACUUUGUGAUGGUGAAGAAUAUGUUAGGUGGGAGAAAGAAAUUGAAUGUAAUUUUGAGCAGUUUACUUUUUAGAGUUAAGCAUGAUUAUUUAGCAGGGAAAAUUUCAGUAAAUGUAAAACAACAGCUGGGCUGGGCUGUGUCAGAGACUGACUGACGGCAGAAGCGUGUGCUCAUUAGGGUGAUGGACAGCCAGUUGGAAAUGUCUUCUUUUAUGUUCAGCGUGUAUUUUUUUUCCAUGUGGUAUACCCUUGGGGAAAAACUCAGCAUACUGUCAUUAUUUUUCUACCUUUUGAAAGGGACAGAGUUUGUUGAGUUUUUGACCAUUCGUCUGAAUUGAACAUCCUAAUCUCAAGCCACACUCCCAAGUAACUUGAAAAACAGAUGAUUUAACAGUGAUGAAAAUUAUUAAUAAAAACCAACAGUUAUCUCAGGAAUUAUGUUUUCCUACAAGCCAAAACAAUGCAAAUUGGAUAACCAUUUAACAUCCACGUUUAUGUAUAUUCACUCUGGGUCUGACAACUGAAAAAUGUCAUUUGACCAAACAGUAAACAACGUUGAAGCCAU